AUGCAACCUCAACAUAGUGUCAUAAUACCUACUUUUCCACCAAUAUUUGUUACACUACUUCCAUUGCUCAAUAUAACUAGUUCUUCAUCACCAGUUGUUACUUCGACAAUUACUGAUAAUCUUCAUCUUGCUGGAUCUCAACUUAAAUUGAAUACUGUUCAUCAUUAUCCAUCAAGUCAUUUCAUUUGUUCAAAUUGUCAUCGAACAAUAAAAUGUUGCAAUGUAAACGUUCAAACAUCUCUGAACGAUCAUGAUGCAAUAUCCCGAACACGUACUGUAUCUCUUAUGGCAUCUGAUGAAGAACUUAAUAGCGAUACAACAUUACCUUUAUAUUCAAAUGAAAUAUCUCGAGGUGGGUGUGGGUUUAGAACUGAGCUGCGGGAAUUAUUAUUAGCAACUCUCACACAUACGCAUACACCUACAGCUAUACCCUCUAAUCGAUCACUGCAUUUUCAACUAUUUCAAUCGAUUGAUAAAAUUUAA